UUGAUUGUGGCAACAGUAGACAUCACUGGACUUUCUAGAGGAAGUGAGCACAACCACAACCCAAUGUAUGACACAGAAAGGAAACAGAGGCUAGUCUACCAAUCCACAUGAAGUGAGUGAAUGUCAUGAAUGUCACAUUUGGCCUGAAGUAUUUUUUCCAGAAUUUUAUCAUACCCAUUUUUGAAUGAAUGUAAAUGCAACCACAUCUUCUAAUAUGAAUAAAGGGAAUCUACACAGUGGUUGAUAGGGAAUUCAGCAUGAUUAAAAAAUAAAACAAGAGCAAUUAGCACUCUACCCAACAAAAAAAACAGCCUGGCCUGGAAACUACUCACUUCCUCAACUGAACCAUUAAAAAGAGAAAAGAGAUGUCAGACUCAGGAGAGUUUUGAGCUACAAAGCAGGUGAACAUCUCUCUCAUGCACACAGUUUAUUAUGUGGACAGAAAUAAUAUUUUCACUCUUUCUGAAAAAUUAUCAAACUGCAAGAUUCUGUGGAUUUGAGGGAUUAAUCAGUUCUUCUUUGUGAAACACAGAUUACCUUGUGCAGUUUUAUUCACCAACUGGGAUACAAAUUUCUUCACUUGUUUUGUCGUCAUGAAGAUUUAAAAAAUGGAUCCUGAACUGAAAGCAGACAAAACAAAUCCAAAAAGAAGAUCAAAAUGUUUUAAACUGAGUAAUAUCUUCUUCUUGUUGAACAUCAUCAGUUUUGUCGUUCUAGUCACAGGAUUUGCACUGAAGACUUGUAGAAUCAGUUACAAUAUUGCAAUAUGUGUCAGGAAUGACCUCAGAGCUGUUCCUCAAGAUAUUCCCUCAACAGUGGAAGGUUUUGACUUGUCUUCAAACAAAAUAUCAAGAAUACAAGUAUCAGAUUUCAAACAUCUACCAGUUUUGACACAAUUAGACCUAAAUCGCAAUUACAUUUCACAGAUAGAAAGCGGUGCCUUUGCCAAUCUGACAUCCCUCAAGAGGUUAAAUCUAAAUAAUAAUAAACUUACUGAGCUUGGGGAGGAUCUUUUUCAUGGUCUGAGCAACCUCACUGAACUCAGAAUUAUGAGUAAUCACAUCAAAGCUGUGGCAUCCACCUCUUUUAAAUCCAUGACACGCUUAAAGCUUCUGGACAUUUCUCACAACAAACUGCAACACAUUACAAAAGUUCAUUCAAUAAUACAGCACUUGCCACAUCUACGAGAGCUGUAUAUUAAAAACAACAAUUUAACCACUUUUCAUUCAUGGGAACUGACAAACAGUUCACUAGAACUUAAAUACCUCGAUUUGUCUCAGAAUCCAAUCUCAGUUUUUUCAGUCACUGCAGACGUUUUUCCAAAUCUCACCUGGUUUAACAUCGGGGGCUCUCCUAGAAAGCAACUGAUGAAAUGGGAUGUGCGCAACAAGACUUUCUUAAGUCGAGUGUCUACUCUUGAUAUUAGUGGGCUUCAAAUGACUUUUGAUGACAUGAAAUCAUUACUAGAGACGGUAAACUCCUCACUAACAUCUCUGAGGAUGAAUGCAAUGAAACAAAACCUCCCAGCAUUAAUCAACAUUUCCUGCUCCAUCCCAACAAUGUCCACGCUGCAGCUCCGCUAUAACAAACUCAGAUUUGUCAGUUCCGAUUUGUUUAAGUUGUGCAUUAAUGUAACUGAGUUAGAUUUAACAGAGAACAAAAUACGAAAUAUCCACGACAGUGCCUUCAGAUCUCUUCAGAGACUGAGGAUCUUGAGUCUGAGCCACAACAGGCUUUCAUCUGUUCCAGCUGCCACAAGGAAUCUACCAACUCUUAGAGAAUUGGAUCUCAGCUCUAAUAACAUCAGCAAACUUGGAUGUGACGAUUUCACAAAUCAGACGAUGCUCAGACAGCUUAGCCUUUCUGAGAAUUCAGUCUCAGCUCUAAGUAAAUGUGUUUUCAAGGAUUUAAUACGAUUGCAAGUUUUAAAGCUACAGACCAACCGCAUAUCCAAUUUAAAUGGUGCUUUCCAAAUGUACUUGCCAAAUCUUAGACAACUGCUUUUGAAUGGAAAUGAGCUCACUACCAUUAAACAUGGAGAAUUUAGGGGCUUACAGUCCCUCCAGAACUUGUCAUUACAUGACAAUCAAAUACAAGAUCUUAAAAAUGGGUGUUUCAUUGGACUGACAAAUCUUACUGAUAUUCUGCUACAGAAGAAUCACAUCAAAGAAACUGAAAUAAACAAAGGUGUUUUCAAUGAUCUGAUAAAUUUGGGAAGAUUGGAUUUAAGGGAAAAUCGUAUUAAAUAUGACGACUGUUCAGCUUUGCCUUAUGCACCAUUUUCUCAGCUGUCCCGUCUGGAAACACUGGCUAUUCCUUCACAACACCGCAGGUUGAAGUCUCAUUUGCCUCGCAACUUCCUGCAAGGUUUGACAAAUCUGUCAGAGUUCAAUGCCAGGAACAUUCAACUUUUAUCUCUGCACAAAGACAUGUUUAAUUACACACCUCAGCUACAAAAACUUGACAUUAGUUCAAAUGACCUUAGGGAUCUCUCUCCAGAGUUGUUUUCCCCUAUUCAAAACCUUCAAAGCCUUUACAUAUCUCAAGCAAAUCUUAAGUCUCUUGAUUUUCUCAUAGAUGCCAACCUUACCAAACUGCAGUUCUUGCAGGCGAGAAAGAAUCAAUACUCAGUUAUCAGUGAAGAAAUAAUACAGUCUCUACCAGCUCUUGUUUAUGUGGAUCUUCAGGGGAACAGUUUCACCUGUGGCUGUGAUAAUGCCUGCUUUCUCCAGUGGGUAGUAAACAACAACCAAACACAAGUUUUUGAUGCCUAUAACUUUGAGUGCAACUAUCCUGUGAACCUUAAAGGCAAGAAAUUGUUGAACAUCACCAUCCAGACCUGUUCGGUAGACAUUGAAUUCAUCUACUUUAUCUCCACCACAUGUACAAUCCUCUUGUUUAUGGUGGUGUCCUUCACCUUACAUGUCCUGAGGUGGCACCUAGCCUAUGCCUACUACCUCUUCUUGGCUUUUCUCUUUGACACAAAGCAAAAAAACAAGCAAGCUCCUAAUCAGUACGAUGCCUUCAUCUCCUACAAUACCCAUGAUGAGCCCUGGGUCAUCAGAGAGCUGCUGCCAAAACUGGAGGGAGAACAGGGCUGGAGAUUGUGUCUGCACCAUCGAGACUUUGAGCCAGGUAAACCCAUCAUAGACAACAUCACAGAUGCUAUUUAUGGAAGCAGGAAGACCAUCUGCGUGAUCAGUCGCAGAUACCUUGAGAGUGAGUGGUGCUCCAGAGAGAUCCAGGUGGCCAGCUUCCGUCUGUUCGAUGAGCAGAAGGAUGUGCUGAUCCUGGUCUUUCUGGAAGAGAUUCCCACCUACCACCUGUCUCCUUACUACCGCAUGAGGAAACUGCUGAAAAAGCGAACCUACCUGAGCUGGCCCCGAGCUGGAGAGCACACUGAGAUAUUUUGGGAGAAACUGCACCAGGCUCUGAAGACCAGAGCAGAUUGCGACAGCUUCCUCUUCAAUGUGGUUGACAGACAGUGGUAAAAAGGUCAUACUCACUGUGUGAGGUUUACAACCAGUUUUUUGUAACCUGUCUUACAUUAAAACAGGCAUUUUUCCCUCACCGUUUCUGUGCAAAACUAUCCACCACCACAAUAAAAUCCAGAGCUCUGAUGGCAUUGCAGCAUGAUAACAGCUAUUCAUGGGCUAUCAACCAGGAGGGGAUUUCCUUCUUUUCAUUUCAAACAUUUUCCACUCUUUUUAUGACACAAAAUCACAUCCCACUUAAUUUUGUGUUAUAAAAGAACCAGUUUUUUCUGUGGGUUUUUCAUAAUACUGUGUUUACGGUCAUUGUUCAUAGUCUUUAAGUUCACAUACAUGUUCAUAGCCAACAUGUUAACACUGUGACAUUUCAGUUAAAUCAUUCACUUAGUUAAGGAACUGUUUAUCAAUAAAGGUAGAUGAGGAAAUGAAAAGGGGAACAGAAUAUAUGAACAUACACUGAAACAUUUUUUCUCACACCCACAGGGUGAAAGUGGAUGAUAGUAGUGGUAAUAGUGUGGUACGUAAUACAAGAAUAACUUAUAACUAUAAAAAACUAAUAUACCAAAACCCAGACCCACACUUUCAUAGUUUAGAAAUGUUGAUGCUUAAAAAACAGCAGUCCUCUAUAUGUUCCUGAAUAAAAGAUGUUGUGUCACUCUAGUGUGAAGCAAAUCAGCUGUACAGAGAAGCAAAAUCAUCUUCGAAGACAUUACUAUUAUUUUGAAGGUCAGUAUAUAUUAUAGAUAUAUAGUUAUAUAUAUAUAUAGUUUUUCUGAAUUGCCAAAACACAUUUUCUGAAAAACACAAACUCCAAAAUUCAAGUUACACUCUCAAAACCUUUGACCUGUCUUGCAAAAUCAAACAAUUGAUUUGAAACUGUUUUAACUUCAUUCAAAACCAAACACUGCUGUCAGAAGACACACAAAGCCAGCUAAUGCAUACACCCUACUCAGCAAUCACUACACACUACAUAAACAAAUGCAAAACACUUUACUCUGGGCAGAGCAAGAAAAAAAUCUGCAUUUGCUGUAGGAUAUUUGCACAUUCUUGUACCUAUGAAAACGUAUGUAAACAGGAAACCCUGCAGCAAAAAUAAAAAACUGCAUUAUGAUUUUACAGCAAGCAAUGUCAUUCAUUCUGCCUCAGCAUCAUGCCUCGGCCAGGUCAGGUCAGGUGGUGUGUUAAAUAUAACAACAGGAGUGUUAGUUGUGUUUAACUUUUGGGGCCUGUGUGUCAUUCUGGGUCAAAGUGCACCAUACUGGAAAAUGUGUUUUGUGAAUGAGAAUGUGUUUUGCAAAAUGGGGGUUCCAGAUUUGCAAAUUGUGUCUAACCAGAUGAACAGUGUUUAAAGUUUUGCCAACUGUGUGAUUGAUUUAAUAAAGUUAUUUUGGCAGUUGACAGUUUAGUUUAGAAAAUGGGGUUUAGUGUUUUGGCAAAUCAGAAAAACUGUAAAGAGAUUUUCCUUUUACCUACAGCACCAACUGGCCAUAAUACUUUAAAAAUGCAUGUCCAAAAAACUGACAGAGCCAAGAGAGGGGGCACUAUUCUGAGAAAAAACUUUUAGAAUCAGAAUUCAGAAUUUAUAAGAAAAGUACUUAAAUGUUCUCUGGGAUUAUAGAGUCAUACAUUUACAAGAAGAAACGAGAAGAAGAAGAAAAGAGGAAGUAUCUAUUGGAGGACAGUUACUUUUUAAUUUAUACGACAGUAGUCAUUACCAGACUUUGGCAGGGGAAGUGAGCCAAAACACAAGUGCCCACAUGACACAGAAAAAAGAGAAGAGACCAGCAUGUCAAUAUGUAUAAAGAGAAAUUAACAUCUAGAGUGUUUGACCUCUGGUCAUUUUUUUUAUUUUUAGAAGCUUAUUUAUGUAUGUAAAUUGAAACAGCAUCCUCUAACAUGAAUCAACAUAAUCUACAAGAUGGAUGAUAGUGAAUUCAGCAAGCAUCAUAAAAAAAAGAAGAAAAAAAAACAACAAAAAUAAACAAGAUCAAUUAACACAAAACAACAACAAAAAACACCCUGUCCUGUAAACUAAUCUCACUUCCUCAGUUACAUACAUGAAAAA